GUCAUCGAUUUUGGAGCAGUGAUAUAUCAUACCGAGCUUGGUCAGUUGUAAUGGCAGGGGGAGGGGCAGCGGGUGUCGACCUCAGCAGGAAGUUUGUGUCGGAAGCUGAGCUUGAUGAGAAGAGGAAGAAGAGACAGGAAGAAUGGGAGAAAGUCAGGAAACCUGAUGACCCGGAGGAGGCUCCAGAGGAGGAGUAUGAUCCACGUUCUCUCUUUGAGCGACUGCAGGAGCAGAAGGACAAGAAACAAGAGGAAUAUGAGGAGCAGUUCAAAUUCAGGAACAUGGUGAGAGGAUUGGACGAGGAUGAGACCAGCUUCCUGGAUGAGGUCUCCCGGCAACAGUGCCUGGUGGAGAAGCAACGCAGAGAUGAAGAGAAGCAGGAACUGUUGGAGUACAGAAGCGCUCUAGUGAAGCAGGCGUCCACCGAAAGCCGCAAAGAGCCCGACAAGAAGGCAGCACCUAAACAUUCAGGGCCGGAGCAAAGGACCAGCCACCUGUCUCAGGCCCAUUUAUUGGCUGGAGCUGUCAAGAGACGCAGCUCCUCCCAGUCAUCAGACAGCAGUAAGAAACAGAAGGUGGAAAUCACAACGGCAACAGCAACGACAGGAAAUGGAGAGCGACACACAGAACAGGAGGAUGGAGCAGGAGGAGAAGCGAGGGGAGCUGAAGAUCAACAAACAGUCCCCGGCCUGACGGCGAAGACCCCCUCAGCUCCCCUGAGCUCCGGUCAAGGCGUGUUGCACCUGCCGUCGGCGGCGGUGUGCGUCGGCGUCUUACCAGGACUCUGGGUUUAUUCCGGCAGCAGCGACUCUGACAGCAGCUCGGACAGCGAAGGUAGCGUGGACGCAAUCAUGUUGCCGUACCCCCGGCACAGCAGGGCCUACAGAUAGACACACACACACGCACACAACCUGAAGAGUGUGUUUGCACGCCUUCAGAAUGGCUUGCAAGUGGUCAGAACAGAUAGCCUCACACAGGAUAUGCACACACAGAGACAGAGUAAAGGUCAUACACACACACACACACUGAUAUAGGGGUACACACACAACAGAGCCUACUGCGUACCUGCAGGACACACAAGUUCAUAUCAUGUUAGAGUUAAACACUGGCAACACAUACACCUAGCAAACAUUCUCAGUAUUCCUGUUGUUUUCACAGCUGUGAGUUGAACUGUUGCUCUUUGUCAUCCGACAAAGUUCAGCCCAGUAAAAUAAUCCUAAAAAUCAGUUUGAACCAAUUUAAACUCCAUUCUGAACGAAAUCUGUCUGUCUAUUUGUGGUUUUUGCUAUUGUGGCACUCAAACAUGACACCUCCACCCUUCCUUCUAUCAAUCACAUCUCACGCAGUUUAAGCCGAGCAACCAAUCCCGCACUGCCUACCCCGACGACAUCCUGCCCCCCCUACACCCCCCCUCCCAACCCAAGCCACAGCGACUGCAAGCUGUGCUGUUGGCUGAGGGAACAGUGAUUGACAGCUGUGGAGCAAGGAAGAGACUGCUUUAGACUGUGUCACAUGACUCACACCUUUAGCUAUCAGCAGCAGAGGAGAGAGAGCCGGGGCAGGACACGCUUCUCUCUCUCUUUGGGUUCAAUGCGAAGUCUGAAUGGUUUGAACAACAAUGUUUUUAUUUGUGUGACGUAAUGUGUUUUCUCAUUAGUAGUUUGUCUCAAAGUCACAUCAUGCUGGAGAGAUGCUGGACUGUUUGCUGCUGUCUCAGGCGCUGGAGCUUUGUUUUGUUGGUCCAGGUCUGAGCAGAGAGAAAUAAAGAGCUUUCCCUUC